GGAACUUUUCUCCCAUCAUUCUCGGGAUUUACUUCGAAGAGCCAUAGGUCAUUUUUCGGUCUAAGACUUUGGCAACGGGAGAAGAGGGUGCCGGAGCUAGGCACACGGGUUAAGGUAAGGAUGCUGGGAAAUUUGGGGCAAGGGAUUGGGUACCCGUGCUCAGUCACAUGGCGUAGGGGGUCGCUUCGGUUUGGACGGGCAUCGCUCUAGCCAGCGAAAAAGUCCCAGUCUCCAAAGUUCAGGUCUAAUUCUAAUUCCCACGCUAAGAUUCAGGGGCGGGGGUGGAGUCUGAUUUGAUCUUGAGGAGAUCAAUAACUUCCAGACCAUUUUUGCCACCGGCGCCUUGUGUUCGGCUGUGACUUUUCCGACGGGACCUACCAAGGGAUAAACGCUACUCUCAAACCCACAUCAUUGCACGUGCGAACAGACCCUCUCGGGUCCAGACAGGCCCAGGACACUUCCAGCUUCAGAGAUCCUUAACCCAUAAUGACGACAAUGCAAAAAUAUCAAAAUAAGGGUGAGACGUCAUUUGAUUAAAAAUGAAAUGAAAAAUAUCAAAAUAAGGGUGAGACGUCAUUUGAUUAAAAAAAGAGUGAGACGUCAUUUGAUUAAAAAAUAAUAAUAAUGCAAGCUUUCCUUUUCUGUGCAAUUGCACUAAUUAUUGAAGUGGAAAUGUAGCUUUUGUGCAGUGCCACAGUUGAUACUAAGCAUGGUGAGCCUGUUCAAAUGCUCUUGUUCCAUAAUGGAGCAGUAAUGGUUCUUUAUCUGCUCCAACAUGUUUCAUGGAAGCCGCUGAUUCAGGCAAACAGGCAAAAGUAUGCCAUAAAAUUGUGCUAUUAAGAAAUAAUAUUAAGAAAUACCCCAGAGAGUCGCAAGUUUGAGUAUGUCUUGAAGCCGUUUCCUUUGAAUUGCAAUGUUUCAAAGUUUAUGGAAGAUAAUUGUCUGAGGAAGAUGGCCUUGUCAGUGAGGUAUUUUGAGGUUUCUUUGAUGUAAAGUGCUGCUUGCUGUGAAUUGCUGCAGAAAGUAGAUCUCCAUUACUCAAAAUGACCAAGUGGGUGGAGGAGCUCUGCCCUGUGGAUGAAACCGUUGCGACUUUGGGGGCUUUUUAGUUUGGAAAAACUGAGUAAGAAGGGACAAGAUAGAGUUGUAUGAGAUUAUACAUGAUGUGGGGAAAGUGGAUUGAAAGAAGUUUGUCUCCCCCUCUCCUAAUACUGGAACCGGGCUGCAAAACUGAAUGCUGGAAGUUUUGAGACAGGUAAAAGAAGGUACGUUCUUCAUACAGCAUGUAGUCAAAACGAUGGGAUUCAAUCCCACAAGAGGAAGUGAUGGCCACCAAUUUGGAUGGCUUUAAAAGAGGAUUAGACAAAUUCAUGGAGGGAUAAGUAUAUCAGUGGCAGCCAGAUAACACUAGGUAAGUAUGCCUCUGAAUACCUGUUGCUGGAAAUCACCUGUUGCUCCACACAUGUGGUUGACCACCAUGAGAACAGGACUAGAUAGGCACCUGUGUUUCUAUGACUUUGACGGAUGUAAAAUGCAGUGCCAAUUUAAAGCAUGUAUGUUAUUCACAUAUCAUCAUAUUCUUGCAGAUACAUUUGUACGUUGUAUUAAUUGUUCUUAGAAACAUUGAUAGUCUUAAAAACAGUGAUGGAGGACCAUUGGGCUUCCCAAUAUUGCUGAAGGACAACUCCCAUCAGCCCCAGUAAGCAUGGCCAAUGGCCAGGGAUGCUGGGAGUUGUUGUUCAGCAACAACAAAAGUUCCCCACACAUUCUCUAAAAGAAUGUGAAUAUAUAAUAAAGAGAACUGUCAGGCCCAUGUCCCCCCUGCCAUAGAACCAAACGCUGUCAAUUUGGUAGAUUGACAGAGGCUAUUAGGGGUCAGCCCAAACAAAAAUUUCAAAACAAAUAAAUAAAUAAUGGGAAAAAUAUAGAGAAUACCUUAAAAAGGAGUGCCCUCAAAUUAAUACUUGGACUUGUUUCAAUUAACUUCUGCAAAACAAAUUAUGGCCUUUAAGUUAAAAAACAGAAAGAAAAAAGCGGUAAUAAGGAGACAGUUUACAAAAAAUGAAAAGAGAACCAUGUUGAGGAUGAAGGAAGUUAAUUGGAAGAAAAGAAGAACUGAAACAUGGUAUAUAUAUUGUUAAUUAUUUGUUCAAGCUGUCCAUCAACCUGUCCAGUAAAGUUAUUGAGGAAAUGGGGGGGGGGAGAACCAAAUGCUGUUCCAUUUUGCCAGUGUGCUGUUCAGAUGUCGGGGGUGGUAGCGUAUUAAUAUUACAAUAAUAUAUGUAUGUAUUCUGAGAAUACUUGCAUUCAGAACUGACCAACCCCUAAGGAAAAAAGGGGGCGAUGACUAACCAAUAGCAGACAGUCCUUCCCCCACUUAACCACAGAGUUUGUUUUGCUCAGGGUUGCGCUUCCUGUGAGAACUCACAAUGGGAGGAUUUUUUUUAAUAUGGCACUGCUUUUAAAUGAGCAGGUGAUAGUGGUGGCUAGGAUUGCCUUUCCCUUCAGUUUAGGUGGGUAUAUCCACCAUAUGCCCUUCCUUUAAUAGGUCUCAUUGAAUAGCAACAUUGAGUCAUGCCUUAGUGACAGCCAGAUCACACUCUUCAUGGGGCUGUUUUUGAAGAGUUCAGAUGGUCAGUCCUGAAACAAGGACGGUUAGUUUCAGGGUCCAAUUCAGAAUGUCUCCCCCACCCCCCUUUUCAUUGCAAUGUUCCAUUUAUUAAAAAUAUAUGUCUCUUUGAAGAAACACUGCAAAUCAGGCAGCUAGUGUCGUGAUGGUUACUUUCAGCUAUGUCAGGUGUGGGGAACUUUUGGCUCUCCGGAUAUUGCUGAACCAGAACUCCCAUCAGCCCCAGCAAGCAUGGUCAAUAGCCAGGGAUGAUGGGCGUUGUCAUUCAGCAACAUCAUCUAGAGGGCUAAAGGUUCUCCGCGCCCAAGCUAUGUCAUGGAGUGCAGACACCUUUCCUCCAUGGGCCUAGAAGACAAGGCAACAGGCUAUGGGAAAAGAACAGGAGUUUGAACCUACAGAUAAGCUACCUCAGAGACCAUUUCUUUUAUGCAUAGGCCAGUUCUUAAGAAUGUGCUUUGCAGCUCCAGCUGAGCAGAAGUUAGGUGGCAGCCCCUUGUCCAAAUUCCCACCACCAGGAACUCAUGCAUUAUAGAAACUCCCUCAUCUUUGUUCUUUAUGGUCCUGCCUUUACAGCCUCCUGAAGGCCAGCCUCUCUGGAAAUAAGCAAUUGCUCUGGCAGUGUUAGAAACUCAAAUAUAUAAGCAAGGGUCCAAAUGGCUCCUUAAAACCAGGGUUACAGUCGCCAAAACAGAAUGCCUAGUUGUCAAUUGGGGGCCAGACAGCAUGGAAGUUGUAUUUUUCAAUAUGACUUUUUGGUUUCUGAAAUUCAAAUAUAAUGGAUAGAAUUCUACAGGAUGUGUUGCUCGUGGGUGAAAACAGUCAAGAUCCAAGGAUCCCUAGGCAUGCAGCUCCAGAUGGUGGAGACAUCAGACACCAUCCUGGCACCUUCACUUGGUUGCAAGUGGCUGAUAACCAGGAGCAAAAUUCCCCUGGUACCUGGUAAAUUUUGAACGCUGCACUCUGGAUCCAACACCUUUUUGCCUUACAGUUUAUGCUUUGCACAUCUUGCUGGUCUCCUUUGGCCUGGUAUGUUCAGAACCAGUGGUUCAGAGAAGGGGUGCUGCCUCAGGGAUGGGCAUGUUGUAUUUUGCACCUUGUAUUUUAUGUUUGUUUUCACUCUCCAAGUGAUAAUGAGGGUUUACCUCCUUGGUUUUUUCCAGGUGCUGUGCUAAGCCUCCCUGACACAUCAUGGCAGAGCAGAGUCCAUCUCCCUAUGAUGGCAAGAAAACUGGAGCUGCAGGUGCGAGAGCAUACUUCGACUCACCUGGUUAAAAGCAGAGAUUCUGCAAGAAAGGUGGCAGAGGGGUGAGGGGCGAGAAUAUUGCGAAUUGUUGGGGGACAGGAGAAUCUCCACAAACAGGGAGGAAAGUUGAGAGCUGGUAUGAGGAGAGGCACCAGGUACUAGGCAAGCCAAGAACCAAAAUAGAGGGGAUGUUAAAUGCAUAGUUAAUAUAUUUCUUAAACUACAAACAGAAGCCACUGGUGGGGGCUACCAACAACUAUUGGGAUCGCAGUGGUUAUUGAUGGAUAAUAUAGUGCCAUGUUAAAGGUCCUGUUGAACCACUGUUUGAAUUAUACUUCAUGCUAAGUGCGGAAAAGCAAUGCUUCAGCAGCGUCUAUGGGCCCUAGGGUGGAAUCUGUACCAUCCAGAUCUUGUGGCUUUGAAAUUUACAUUAACAAAUGUUGCUGUUUGUCAUCAGAUACAACAGAUUUGGAGUGUCUCGCAGAGGAAGAUGGGGGUUUUCGCAUUGCUUGUUGGGUUGACAAGAAUGUCCGGCAAACUUUCAUUCGCAAGGUAAGUCUGAAGGCACUUUGAGGGAGAGGGAGAAGGCAUAUAUGAUAGGGUCAAGGUGCUCUAGUACACAGUUCAGCAACAGUCACCAUUCAUGUGAAUCUGAUCUUGCUACUGGGCUAUCUUGGCAUCUGUAAAUUGCAACAUGCUUGUUUGCAUUUAUAUAUAUAUGCAGAUGCUCACAUCUUGUUUGUCUUCAUGACCAGGUCUACAGCAUCAUCACCCUUCAGCUGUUGGUGACUGUGGGCAUCGUUGCACUCUUCACUUUUUCGUAAGUUUUCUGGUGCUCUGCUAGAACUCUGGAGGGGUUCUGGGACUCUAAAGGUAGGGGUUAUCAGAAUGAACUGUUAGGAUAUUUCCGUUCCACCUUAAAAGGGAGCAGGCUGUGAGUCACAGAGUCUGCGUAUUUCCUGUUCACAGGAUGUUUAUGUUUUCUGUUGCUUUCGUUUUCUCUCUGUUGUCGCAGACACUAAAUCAGCAGGCAGUCAUGUUUUUCUGUGUUCUGAUCAACGCUGAAUAAACUUGUAAAUAAUGCUCUCCUGAGUGCAACUUUUGGCUGUGCUAAUUGCUGAUAGAGUGUGCAUGAGCUCUAGAAUGUGGCAAGAUAUUUUCUAGAAACUCAUGUCGCUGCGUGCCUACCAGAGGUCGAUGGAUCGUCCGGCAGACGGCUUGGGGCCUUGAUGGACUUUAUCUCCCUGGCAGUAUCCCAACAACAGGUUUCGGGCCCAGAUUCACAGCACUUACAGGAGAGUAAGACUGCGACGGACUGCUGAAAGGUAUGCGGAGGAAAAGCGAAAGUAAGGCUUUUCUGUUUGCCGUGGCAAAGUCUCUUUGAUGUCCGGCAGGCCUAAUUGGAUCUGGGAGCCGCGCCAAAGGCUUCAAGAUUUAUGGCUGCCGAGAUAAGACGUUUUUGAAGGCAUAAAGGCUCACAGCUCAAGUAGAAACCUGGAAUGGAGUUUUUCCAAGCUUCUGAGGCUGCUGAGUGCCCAAAGUUAAAUCGGCACAACUAUCAGACCUGGGCAAAAUGGUGUGAGAGCUUGCUGCGUCAGUUUGGAGUGUGGCAUACUGUGUGUGAGGCCCCUCCAGUUCCUCUGACAGAUAGAUGGAAGGCCGAAAAUUCGAAGGCGAUAGACGUAAUCGUCUUGUCCGUCUCUCUGGAGGAAAUAAAGACGCUUGCUGGCAAUGUGACUGCAUGUAAGAUGUGGCAUGCUUUGAAAGUAGCCCAUCUGCCAAUCAUCCCAGCCCAGAGUUUGACUGCAUCGGAGGUCCUGGCUGUUUCCCAGAAUGCGAGUGAAUGCAGGGAUGCUGAGGGCACCGGUUGCAAGCUGCAGGGGGAGCUGACUGUCACGUCAUCGCGGGCAGCAUUCCAGCCUCCAGGGGGAGCCAAGGAGUCGGCAGCUGAGAGCUCUGUUUCUCAUGGGAACCAAGGUCAUCGCCUUUGCAGAGGCCGGAAGGGCAAAGGUAAACAGAGGCAGACGCCUGCAGAUGGCCAGAAGCAGAGGGAGGGUGAAGAGCCCACGCCAGAGGAAAACAAGGUUUUGUUUGCUGGCAAAGCUUCACCAAAGGCUAAAGGCAAGUCUGAUGGCCAGGAGCAGGGGGGGGCAAGCUGCAAGCCCACGCCAGUGGAAAACAAGGUUUUGUUUGCUGGCACAGCUUCACCAAAGGCUAAAGGCAAGUCUGAUGGCCAGGAGCAGGGGGGCAAGCUGCAAAAACCCACGCCGGUGGAAAACAAGGUUUUGCUUGCUGCAAAGACUGCUCCGAAGGCCAAAGCCAGGUUUGUUGUUGAUUCAGGCUGUACCCGCCAUGUCUCAAAAGACCGCCACCUAUUUAUCUCCUUCAAACCUCAAGAAGGUGAGAUCCACCUGGCUGAUGGAAAGACGUUGCGAAUUGCGGGAGAAGGGACUGUGAAACUGGCAAGUCUGCACACGACCAUCAAAGAUGUACUGUAUGUUCCAGGUGCUGCAGACAAUUUGCUCAGUGUCCCACAGUUUACUGGGCGUGGUUUUGAGAUUUCCUUCAAGAGGAGCAUCUGUGUCAUCAGAAAAGGCAAAGAGGACAUUUUGCAUGCAAAGUUUAUGGAUGGCUUGUUCUGUAUAACUUAUGACGACAAUGGUGCUGUUGUGUCUAAUGUUGAUUCUUGUUGUGUUGCACAAACUAACAAAGUUCUUCAUGCAGGAUGCAUUCACGAUGCACAUCGGAGGUUUUGCCACCUCUCUUGGAAGGCACUGGCCAAGAUGCCAGAGAUGGUUGAGGGUUUGAACAUCAAACCCUGUAAGUUUCACAUGAAAUGUGUAUCUUGUGCAGAGAACAAGGUGAAGGUUGCUCCAAAAGGCAAGGAGUCUAGCAGGCAGGCUUCCAAACCCUACCAGCUAGUGCACGCAGACCUGGUUGGUCCACUUGCGCCCUCUUUGGGUGGAGCAAGGUACUUCAUGGUUCUAAUUGAUUCUUUUUCCAGGUACAUUCAUGUGUUUAUGCUCGAGCAGAAAUCGCAAGCGUUUCCUAAGUUCAAGGCAUUCUGUGCUUGGUUGGAGAAUGUUCACGGUAAACGUAUUGGCUGUCUCUUUACUGUUCGAGGCGGGGAGUUCACUUCUCAGCAGUUUGAAGCUUUCCUGACUGAGAAGGGAAUCCAGCAUGACUUGUCAACGCCUAGAUCGCCAUGGAUGAAUGGGCUUGCGGAGCAAGCAAAUCAAACGUUGCUGCAAGGGAUGAAAACAUUGUUGCAUGAUGCCAAUCUCCUGAUAAGUAUUGGGGGAGGCUCUGUCGAAUUUUGCUUACACUUAUAAUCGCAGAUUGUCAUCACCUAUUGGUUGUACCUCCUAUGAGAAGAUGUUUGGUAAGAAACCCAACAUCAAGCACAUGAGAAUCUUUGGUUCUGACAUGUGGGUACACACCCCACAGAGCAACAAGCUUGGGAAGCGUGGGGCACAUGGUUUGUUCAUGGGGUAUGAAAAAGGUUCAUACAGGGUAUGGAUGACCAACUCUAAGUCCAUUAAGUUCACAAAGAGUGUUGAGUACAAUCCUAAGUGGGGGGGAAAUGUGGGAAUUUUCCAGAGUUACCCAGAGGAGGAUGAAGGUGAUGUCAAAGAAGCAGCUAAAGCUGAGGAAGCUGCUGAGGAUGAUGAUGACGAUGAUGAUCAGAGUUCGGAUUCCAGUUCAGUGGGCGGCGCUGCUGCUGAUGUCGGUGACAGUGAUGACACAGCAGACUACAAGAGCGCAAAGGCCUCAGUCAGACCAUCUGAUGCGUCUGACAAUGAACUGGAAGAACCACUGUUCACCAUUGGUCACUUUUCUCCUAAGAAAGAGGAGAUGAGUCCAGAAGACUUGCGUCUAGUACGCAGAUCUGAAAGAGCCACAAAGGACAGACCUCCAAAGAGAUUUGCUGAUGAGUUUGCUAAGACAGCAACUGCUGUUCUUAGUAGCUCAGAGAAGGUAUGGGAACCUUCAAGCUUCAAAGAGGUUCAGGAGUUAACCUCUAAAGAUGCUGAGCCUUGGCUUAAUGCCAUGAAGGCUGAAGUUGAUUCCUUGAAUAGGAACCAAACUUGGGAGUUGGUACCGGUUGUCCCAGGAAUGAGACUGGUUGGCAGCAAAUGGGUCUUCAAGGCCAAGACAGACCAGAAUGGCAAGGUUGUCAGACACAAAGCCAGAUUGGUUGCCAGAGGUUUUUCACAGGUACCAGGACAGGAUUACCACGAGACCUACUCACCCACCGUCAAAUAUGAGAGCAUUCGGCUGAUCCUCAAGAUAGCUGCGGAGGAGAAACUGCAUGUUUCCCAUCAUGACAUUAAUACAGCUUUUUGUACGGGAUUUUGGAGGAGGAGCUGUUUAUGCUUCCACCUGAUGGGAUGCAGAUACAGAAGGGAAUGGUCUGUAAACUGCGGAAAUCCUUAUAUGGUCUCAAGCAGAGUGCCAGGUGUUGGAACACAAAACUCACUGAGACGUUGCUUUCUCUAGGUUUUCACCAGGGCAAAGCUGAUCCAUGUGUGUUUGUCAAGGAGGAGGGGCAAAACAAACUGUAUUGUUUAUGUUUUGUUGAUGAUCUUCUGAUGUUUUGGAAGAAUCAGGCUUUGUACCAAAGCACCGUAGCUCAGCUGAAGGAGCACUUUGACAUGAAGGAUCUUGGUGAGGUAUCCAACUAUCUCUCUCUGCAGGUGGAGAGGGACCAAGCAGGUAAUUUUCUGGUACACCAAACACAGAAAAUUGCUGAUGUAUUAACCAGGUUGAAUUUGGUUGAUGCAAACCCAGCAGACACACCGAUGGUGACAGGUUACCAGGUAGACAGUACUGCUGAAGCGUUUUCUGACACUACGCUGUACAGGUGCAUUCUAGGCAAGUUGAAUUUCAUUGCUAGAUGCUCAAGACCUGACAUUGCUGUAAGCACUAACCUGCUUAGCAGACAUGCCAACAAUCCUACUGUUCAGGAUUGGAAAGCUCUGAAGCGCAUAGCCCGCUAUCUGAAAGGGACUAUGCACUACAGGCUGAGGUUCACCAGUCAGAAGACUGGAGGUCUUGAAAUCUUUGCAGAUGCAAGUUUUGGAAGUGACACCACGGAUGGUACAAGCACUUCUGGAGUAUGCUACAUGUACAACCACUGUCUGUUUGACUGGCUGUGCAAAAAGCAGACGACAGUGAGCCUAAGUUCCUGUGAAGCAGAACUCAAUGCUCUGUCAUUUUCACUCAUGGAUUGUGAAUGGUUGAUGCAACUGUUUAAGGACAUCAGAGUUUCUGUGAAAUGUCCUGUACAAGUGUAUCAAGACAAUAGAUCGUGUUUGGCUUUGCUGAACUCGGAGAGUUGCAAGCAAAGGACCAAGUACUUGCAGAUUAAGCUACAUCGUGCAAGAGAGUGUAUUCAGAAAGGACUCCUUCAGGUGUCCUACAUGCCAGGAAAUGAAAUUCCUGCUGAUCUGUUGUCUAAGGUUGUUAACAGAGAACAACUUAAGGUUUAUGUACAAAGGUUGCAAUUGGGUUGAACCACAGGUACUACAGGUUACACGGAAAGGGGAGGAUGUUAGGAUAUUUCCGUUCCACCUUAAAAGGGAGCAGGCUGUGAGUCACAGAGUCUGCGUAUUUCCUGUUCACAGGAUGUUUAUGUUUUCUGUUGCUUUCGUUUUCUCUCUGUUGUCGCAGACACUAAAUCAGCAGGCAGUCAUGUUUUUCUGUGUUCUGAUCAACGCUGAAUAAACUUGCAAAUAAUGCUCUCCUGAGUGCAACUUUUGGCUGUGCUAAUUGCUGAUAGAGUGUGCAUGAGCUCUAGAAUGUGGCAAGAUAUUUUCUAGAAACUCAUGUCGCUGCGUGCCUACCAGAGGUCGAUGGAUCGUCCGGCAGACGGCUUGGGGCCUUGAUGGACUUUAUCUCCCUGGCAGUAUCCCAACAUGAACCAGUUCCACCCCACUAUUCUGACAUCUGGUUACUUCUGUUCCCAUUUAGCUGCAUUUGGAAAUUCAGAUUCUAGAUUGUAGAAGAUGAAAUUCUGUACCUGUGCCAUUUCCCUAAAAUCAGGAAAAAAAGUAUUUUAUGUUGAUUUGUUUUUAUUUAUUUUUUAAUCUGUCCUGCAAUUUUAAAGUGGUGAAAUUAUUCAAAUAUCUGCCUCUCUGUCAUUUGGGCUUGCUUUGUGGAACUUUUUUCUAGAUGGGAGGGGAUACUUUAUUUUGUGACCUUGGCUUUUCUCAAAAUCUUUAAUAAAGAGAUAUUUGAAUGGGUUCUUUCCCCCUUUUUCUUUUUGCCCAUUAAAAAAAACAUGCAAAAUUAUGCAAUGAAAGAAUUUCACCAGUGCAUCGUUUCUCCAUUGUUAUAAUUUUGUCUUUUAAAUGGAAAACAUAAAUUUAAAAACCUUGUCCUUUCAAAGUUUCAUCAUUUUCACUACGGAAAAAUGGCAAAAUGCUCCUCCAAAAUCCAGCUGGAUUCUGCCCACAAUGUUCUGAUCCAGAAACUAUUCUGGCAGUACAGAACUGCAAGAACCAGGGCAGGUAUCUCAUCUUGUGCUCUGUUCCUUCUCCACAGACACUCUGUGAGCCAUUAUGUGCAAAGGAAUAUUGCCCUGUACUAUGUAUCUUAGUAAGUAUCACUCCCUUUACAGAUGCAGAACCAAAUUCCGCUCUUGACCUGUUGCCAAGACAGAUUGCUCUACUGGCCAGCUAAGCUGCUUCAUGUCAGAUUCUCUCACCCUGUCUCUCCUGUAACUUCCAUCACUACCAUUUCAUAACAGCACAAUGGCUGUGUUGUGCAGGGGGCCUCUGGGGAAUAAGUUGCACAUGGUAUUCUUUCCUAGAGGAAACCUGCCUUCUUCAUCCAUUGUUUUCCUGAUGAAACGUUGACAUCUGAUUUUACUGGUAAUUUUAAUGCGCUUUUUAUAUUUUAUGUAAAAUGCUGUUGAUGUUUAGAAAGUAUAUAAAUUCUAUUACAGUGGUGCCCCGCAAGACGAAUGCCUCGCAAGACGGAAAAACCGCUAGACGAAAGGGUUUUCCGUUUUGAAGUUGCUUCGCAGGACGAAUUCCCCUAUGGGCUUGCUUCGCAAGACGAAAAUACCUUACGAGUCUUGAGGUUUUUUUGUUCGCUUUUCCCCCCCUUUAUCUAAUCUGCUAAGCCUUUAAUAGCCUUUAAUAGCCUUUUAGCAGCUAAUCCCCUAAGCCUUUAAGCCUUUAAUAGCCGCUAAACCGCUAAUAGCGCUAAUAGCGCUAAUCCGUCAAUGGGCUUGCUUCGCAAGACGAAAAAACCGCUAGACGAAGACUCUCGCGGAACGGAUUAAUUUCGUCUUGCGAGGCACCACUGUAAAUUAAAUAACAAACAUGCAUAGUCAAUUGAUGGGAGGGAUAUUAUUUGUCUAUGGAGGCUAUCUCCCUUCAUGGUUCAAGAAGGGCUUGAGGGACCUCCUACAUUUGGAAAGCUGUUUAUUUAUUAGAAUUGCCAGCUAGUUUUAAAUAAGUCAUCUCUCUCUCUCUUUUUCAUCCCUAGCGCUGUAUUCUUGAUCUGCUACCUUGUGCUGGCCUUGUGUAGAAGCAUCCAGUACGUUUCUGUUGACGACAUUUGUGAUCACACAAAAAACAGAGUAUCAACAUUUGCUGGGACUCAUAGGGAGGGGACAAUGACAGAAGAUGGACUUGUCAAAGGAGUUGGCAUUUUGACAAUGGCUUUGGAUAUAAAUUGCCUUGGUAUCUUACUUGGCCAGCUCUCUGGGUGUAGUGGCUUCACUUCUGUCCAUAGGGCCAGUUCAGAGAGAAAACUACUGGCUGACUCAGUCCCCCGUCAGUUGUGCUGUGGGGUACUACAGGGAACUUGUAUUUUCCCCAAUUUAACAUCUACAUAAAGCUGCUGGGAGUAGCCAUUAGGACAGGGGUCAGCAAACUUUUUCAGCAGUGGGCCGGUCCACUGUCCCUCAGACCUUGUGGGGUGCCAGACUAUAUUUUGGAAAAAAAUAUGAACGAAUUCCUAUGCCCCACAAAUAACCCAGAGGUGCAUUUUAAAUAAAAGGACACAUUCUACUCAUGUAAAAACACGCUGAUUCCCGGACCGUCCGCAGGCCGGAUUUAGAAGGCGAUUGGGCCAGAUCUGGCCCCCAGGCCUUAGUUUGCCUACCCAUGCAUUAGGAGAUUUGAAGUGCAGUGUCAUCAGUAUGUUGGAUUCUCUCAGAAUGGCUCCUUUUCUUGAGGUGAGACCGCCUGCACGUACUCUCUGACUCUCUUGCUGGUGUCUUUCAGGAGGCGCUUCCCAUGGAACAUAAUCCUCAUGACUAUCUUUGUAAGUACAGUUUUUUGUGUGGUUUGCAUUGGAAUGAUGCAAAAUCUCUAUUGGGGGGAGAUGGUGGAAGAAGGGUCUAAGAUGAAGUGUAGGGCAAUGCAUUUGACUCGCCACAAAUUUUCAAGCAAAAUAAAUUGUCCAAAUUGGUUUAGUAUGUAAAAAAUAAAUACUUGCAAUUCUAUCCCCUUUUCAUAUAUUCAGAACACCUUUGUAUAUCAAAUAUUGGGAUCAACUAACUAGCCUUGCUAGUGGAAGUGGGCUUUCCCCCUUUUCUUCUCCCCACACCCCCAAAAUUGACUUUGGUUGUGUGUGAGAGAAGACACAGAAAAGUAUGUAGGGAAAAGUGGGGUGGGUGGGGUGGGUGGGUUGUUCCAUCUGGUGAGGUGAAAAGUUUGUGCUGACUGGAUGAUUGCCAUAGUGCUAGGAAAAGGGCCAGCACAGAGUAGCAGAUAAAGUAUUUCUGUUAUGUAAAUAACAGAAGAAGCCGAAACUAUUUGUCCUGAUGUGUAACUAGGGGGUCAAAGGAUGCUGUAGGUCAGAAGUGGGGAACCUGUGACCCUCCAGAUGUUGUUGAACUCCAACUCCCAUAUGUCCCAGCCAUGAUGGUCAGUGGUCACAGAUUACGGAAUCUGUUAGAUCUGGAAGGCCACAUUUUCACCAUCUCUAGUGCAGAUGGUGCUCUGUUAAUUUUUGUUUUGUUUUCUGAUUUUCCCUAGACCAUGUCCACGGCAUUCAUGACUGGCACAAUCGCAAGGUACUGUGCAAAGUGGUAAAUGGAAGUGAUACAGUAGAGGCCUACACAGUGGGAAGCAGUUUCUGAGCUGGAUUUAGAAAAUGUGUCCAAAUAGGUCAUGUCCCCAGACACUACUGCACAUCCCUUUUCACCCCUCUGCAUGAAACUCAUUUCUAUGGUUGUGGCUGCAAAAAAAUAAAAAUAAAAAAUUGCAUAGCAAAAGUGUGGAAAUAAUUUAACAUCCUGACAGAAUGUGAAAAGUUCAGCAGGUGGAAAGUACAGGAGGUAGUAGUGAGGGAAACAAUAGCCUAUAAUGCAAAAUUAAGUCUGCAAUCCUAAACAAACCUAGAAUUAUGGGUGCUUGGAGUUGAACUGACCAAAGGUCAUCUACUCCAACGUGCAGUCUGCUGCCACAGUGUCCCUGGAAGAUGGCUGUCCAGCCUCUCCUUAAAAAAACAAACACCCCCCCUCUUACUAGAUUCUUUAAUUGCUACUGGGGAAAUUCCAUUGAACAUAGUGGAGCUUAUUUCUGAGUAAACAUCCCUAGGAUUGCACUGUGAGAGAAGCAAACAAUCAAGCGGAUUCUUGAUGAAAUAAACAGUGUUCCUUUUUGGUGAAAAAAUAUGGGCAUGUCUACUGUCACGUUUUUGAUAAAGUAGUUUUGUUUUUUUUAAAAAAAUGAUAUUUAUUAAAAUUUCAGAAACAAAAAAUUACAUAGUUAAAGAGAAAAGAAACAAGAAAAAAAAUUAAAAAGAGAAAAACCAUACAAAAUACAAAAUACAGAGAAAAAAUAAAAAAAAAACACUUAAAAACAAAUUAAUCCUUCCGUAUCUUACAUGAAAUGUAAGAGAAAAAAAAUUGAUAAAGCAGUUUUGGAAGUGGUGGUGUUUUUAGCUAUAAGAGGAUGAUAUUCAACACUGCAGCUCUGCUGGCACAAUGGACUUGGUUGUGUGCCACAGAGCUGCUUCCUCUCCUGUUCCCUCCAGCCACCUGCAUGCCCUCAAAAUCAGCUCUGGCGCAUUGGGGGAUCCUAUGGAGCACAUUUGUAGGUGCACAGGGUGAGGAGAGGAAGCAGAAGGGUCCUAGCUCAAUGAUAGAGCACCUGUUCUGCAUGCAGAUGCUCCCAGCUUCAAUUCUUAGGGUUGAGAGAAACCUGCUGCAACCUUUGAGAGCUGCUGCCAGUCAGGGUAGGCCUAACUGAGCUGGAGGAACUGAAAGGUUGACUUGGUAUAAUGCAGCUUCCUAUUUUCCUAUGUUUGCACCAGCUAAAUCAUGUGGCUGGAACAUUGGAUGUUGUUGUUUAGUCGUUUAGUCGUGUCCGACUCUUCGUGACCCCAUGGACCAGAGCACGCCAGGCACUCCUGUCUUCCACUGCCUCCCACAGUUUGGUCAAACUCAUGCUGGUAGCUUCAAGAACACCAUCCAACCAUCGCAUCCUCUGUCGUCUCCUUCUCCUUGUGCCCUCCAUCUUUCCCAACAUCAGGGUCUUUCCCAGGGAGUCUUCUCUUCUCAUGAGGUGGCCAAAGUAUUGGAGCCUCAGCUUCAUGAUCUGUCCUUCAGUGAGCACUCAGGGCUGAUUUCCUUCAGAAUGGAUAGGUUUGAUCUUCUUGCAGUCCAUGGGACUCUCAAGAGUCUCCUCCAGCACCAUAAUUCAAAAGCAUCAAUUCUUCGGCGAUCAGCCUUCUUUAUGGUCCAGCUCUCACUUCCAUACAUCACUACUGGGAAAACCAUAGCUUUUACUAUACGGACCUUUGUUGGCAAGGUGAUGUCUCUACUUUUUAAGAUGCUGUCUAGGUUUGUCAUUGCUUUUCUCCCAAGAAGCAGGCGUCUUUUAAUUUCGUGACUGCUGUCACCAUCUGCAGUGAUCAUGGAGCCCAAGAAAGUAAAAUCUCUCCACUGCCUCCAUUUCUUCCCCUUCUAUUUGCCAGGAGGUGAUGGGACCAGUGGCCAUGAUCUUCGUUUUUUUGAUGUUGAGCUUCAGACCAUAUUUUGUGCUUUCCUCUUUCACCCUCAAUAAAGGAUUCUUUAAUUCCUCCUCACUUUCUGCCAUCAAGGUUGUGUCAUCUGCAUAUCUGAGUUUGUUGAUAUUUCUUCCAGCAAUCUUAAUUCCUGCUUGGGAUUCAUCCAGCCCAGCCUUUCGCGUGAUGAAUUCUGCAUAUAAGUUAAAUAAGCAGCCUCAAGUUUGAAAAGUACCGUACAUUGUGCCUAAUUUUGUUGUUGUUGGUGCUCUCACAUUAUAAUAAAAUUAUUUUAACAACAAAAAUGUAUGAUUUAUUUUUUUACCUUUUUGUUACCAGCGUGUAUGAGACCAAGACUGUAGUCAUUGCCAUGAUCAUCACAGCAGUUGUAACCAUCACUGUCACUGUUUUCUCCUUUCAGACAAAGGUGAGAAAGCCUGUUUUCCAGUACAGUUAGCAGGCUUAGGAAGGGUGAUUGCCCUGUGGUGGAAAUGGUGACUUAGCUAAACAUGUUUGGAUCCCACCCUUACAAUACAAGGCCCUUGCCAUAAACAAGAAAUUCCUUGCCAUGGUGUUAUGUACACCUGGCCUGUCAUUACAACAUGCAGUCCUCCAUUUCAUGAGUUAGGCUAGACAGCCACCCUUCUCUUUUGUACGCUCCCAUGAGGUGAUUGGGGGGGGAUGGGACGGGGACACCAUAGAUGUAAUAAUGCAGGCUAAUGGCUGCAAUUGUGACUACCCCUCCAUUUAAAAAUGGUAUAUGCAGGUAGAAAACUGGUUCCAUCCUGGCAAGCUCUAAACUAGAGGCCUUCCUUUUCCUCACACACUGAAUUUCCAUGGAUAGGAACAUGGAAACACUCAAUACAAAGUACUUUUCUCCCAGGGUGCUUAUGCAGUUCUUGCUUUUUGCCGUAAACUUUCACAUCAGCUGUAUAUUGUAGACCCUCUUUGUGUGUAGUUUCAGAACUACACAGGCAAUAUUUUAUCUCAUUAAAAUAAAUUGAUUUUAAAAACCUGGUUACAUGGUUUGGUGGGGACAGAAAGGGAUGGAGGAGAGAGUGUUGUUGUUCUCAGUUCCUUCUUUUGGGCUUCCCAUAGGCAUCUGGUUGGCCACUGUGAGAAGAGGAUGCUGGACUUCUUAUGUUCUUAAGUUCCUCUUCUUAUGUUCUUAAGUCCCCCCCCCCCCAAGGCAUCUGAGAGCAAAUUAGUAGGCUUCUGCCACCUGUAUGUCACACACUAAAAUCAGAAAUGAAUUACUUUCUCUUGCUUUCCUGUCUGUUGUGCUAAAAAAGGAGCCCCCAUAGUUCCUCUGUAUACUGAUUUGAGAGGAACUCCAUCAUACCUAGUGGGGCUUCUGAACAGACCUGCAGAAGAUUGGGGAUUCUAAUCUGAGGUAGCCAUGGCGAAAGUGGAAAGUGGACAGUUUUUAUGUCAGGUUAGUUAAUCCAGGACACUGUUGUCUUUGGCUCUGCCCACCUGUUGCCCUCAGUACAAAAAAUGGUUGCCCACCCCUGACGGAGGACUUCAUAACUGAAUACAUUUGGGCAGUAAUACUUCCAGAGGUAAUAAGGUAUUUUUGUCACUUCCUCCGUUGACAGGUGGAUCUCACAACCUGGCGUGGUUUCUUCUGUAUCAUGGCCAUUGUCUUCAUGGUGACUGGCAUUGCCACUGCCAUUGUCCUGAGCUGCAAAUACGUAAGUGGCUGGGGAACUUGCUAGCCUAUGGGAUCAGCAGUACCACAAAGCUUCCAGUGGCAAAGCAAUCCCAGUUGAUGUGUGUGUGUUCGGUGGGGGCUGCUGCAUUGUUUCAGGAGGCUUUGAGCAAUGGCUGCCCUUGCCCAACCUCUCACUUUCCUGAAAGAGUUCAUUCCCUUCCUUUGGACCAAGGCCUGUUUAGAAGUUCAGCUUUAUUCCCUUGGCCUGCUGCCUUAAGCAUCCCUUCAGUACACAAUAUGUUCUCCAGGGGAAUAGUUUUGUUUUUAAAAUGUACAUCUAUUUCUGUUAAGUCGCCUUGGAUCAUUUUGAGAAACAGCGACUCAUAAACAUGAAUAAAUAAAUAAAUACAUAUCAGCAGGUCUCUCGCUAGAUGACUACUUAACCUUUUUCAUGCAGAGAUGUAGAAACUCAUUAGUUGACGCUCUUUUUCUCUUCUUGCAGAUGUACUGGCUCGACUUGCUUUAUGCAGCCAUUUCUGCUGUAGUCUUCACCCUGGUUAGUAGAGAUUUACUGUUGAUUGCAUGAAUAGAGGUACCCCUUUUUCUGAGACAAUAUACAUGCAGCAUUUUGAAUAUUCUAGGUGUGCUGUGUUAAUUCUGAUUCUGAUAGGCAACAACUCAAGAGUUUCCUGUUUUGUCACCACCUCUUUGAGGCGGAGACCCUGCAAGAAUCUUCUGGCUGUCCCAGACUAGCAGUGUAACAGGCAAAUGAAGCCAGAGGGGCACAAAAACAAGGAAAGGCUUUGGAGAGUGGAUUUUGUCUAGCAUCUUCAGAUUUCUAGCAAAAUUUAUGUAUUGCUUACGUUUCUACCUUGCUCCUCAGCCAAAAGACAAGUACGGCUGACAGUACUACUGUAUGCAAUGUAGCAUCAUAGCAAAUAGAUGUGUGCUAAAUCCAAUGGCAGCUGCAUUGAGGAGGUGGGUACCAAUUUUGUGGGAAGAUGCUGGAACAUUAAGAUCCUUGGCUUUGUAGCUUUCACUAUGUUUGCAGACACCAAUGAAUCAGGAAUGCUUAACUGCAGCUGCAAAUUACUUUGAAUUGGUUUGGGCCUGUCAGUAUUUUCAUCCCUCUCAUUGCAAAGAUCACCAGAUCAUGUUUGUUUUACUUUCUGUCUCAGAAAAAGGAGGGGGCGGAAACCACUCUUCCAGACUUCUGUCCCUAGCUCUGUGCUGGUUUUUCUUUGUUCUGUCUAAAGACUAGGUGGCAGUAUGAGAGAGCUGACUCUCUCGUGCAUGUCCAUUAUGUUCUUUUGUUUUGUUUAACCAGUAGUAAUGAAGGUAGGUAUGCAACAAAACCUCCACUGUUUCGCUUCAAUUACUCUUCUGCAUUUGAGGUGCUCACAACAGCAAAUGUGAGUCCACUGCACCAGGACCUGUUUAGGAGGAAUGCUGUGCUCUGCUGUUCCUGCGUUCCUGUGAUCAGAGGGUUGGUGAAGGUGCUCCCGACACCCAGCCCAUGCAGCUGCAUAAGACGUGGGCUUUAAAGAGUGUACAGACAGGGCCUUGCUAUAUUGCAAUAGGCUUAAGAAAAGUUUACAGAUGACUAAGUGGGAAACUCUGGACCAAACUAGACACAGCAGUUUUCAUUUAGUUUGGUCCCACAUAGCUGCCCCCCCGCACCUUAAUCAAUAGCUGGUGUGGGGAGGGGGAAAUCAGAGGGACCAUGGCAGCCCCAGCCCAAUGCAUUUUGGCGCCUGAGGCAAACCACAAAAUGGUUCCCUAGCCAGGGAAGAAGCAGUGAGUGGAGAUUUACAUCAGGAACAGGUGGGGAGCAGGAAAUCAAAUCAACAUUACCCAAUGGUUGAGGUGGGAAUCAAAGGCUAUUGAUGGGGAAAGAAGGAAGCUUUAAAGAUAAACCAUUUAUUGAUAGAUGUGGCUAAAUGCUGCUUUGUGAUUUGUUACAGUUCCUUGCUUACGAUACUCAGCUGCUGCUGGGGAACAGGAAAUACGCCAUCAGUCCCGAGGAUUACAUUUAUGGAGCCAUCCAGAUCUACGUAGAUGUCAUCUACAUCUUCCUCUCCUUCACACGGCUUGUGGGCAGGAAUUAGGGACUGUGGGACCUGUACUUAGGGCCAAGACUUUGUCUCAGCAUUUGGGCGAAAAGGUUCUUCACCUUUUCCCUCUUCACCAGCACACGAGUCUGUUUUUGCAAAGAUCCUAUACUGAUGGUACACAAAGUUGAUGCAUAACCACUCCGCCACUAAGGCAUUUUUGUGUGGACAUUAAAAUUUUGCAUGAAAUUUGACUGCAUGAAAAUGCUCGAUUGCAGAGAGUUAGUUGCGCUUAGGUCCUGUUGAAAUCCAUGAGAUGUGUUGUAGCCACAGUUGAUUUAAACCCUUCUGGUUUCAGUGUCAUGGGCACAAAUUGAUUUCCUGGAUUGGAGCCUGUAAUUUUUACAUUUUUCUGCAACAUAUGCAGGCAAGAAAUAUAGACCUUGCAGUGAAGUUCCGCUCUCUUAGCUGUAACUGCAAAUAUAUAUAUUUAAAAUAAGUCAACUGUUCAUUCUUGUUACAUAUUAGAGAUUACAGCAACUGCCUUAAUACAGAAGGCCAGUGUGACGUAGUAGGCCAGUGAUGGGGAACCUUUUAGAGACCGAGUGCCCAAACUGCAACCCAAAACCCACUUAUUUAUCGCAAAGUGCCAACACGGCAAUUUAACCUGUGUAUGCAAUUUUUCCGUGUGUUUCUUCUUCAUGACUGCUGUUGUAAUAAAUAAUCUUUCAUAAAAG